AUGUUACAGCUCCGUCCCGAUGUUGUGCCCAAAACUGCUGAGAAUUUCCGUGCCUUGUGCACUGGCGAAAAAGGUUUCGGUUAUAAAGGCUCCUGUUUCCAUCGUGUGAUUCCCAACUUCAUGUGUCAAGGUGGUGAUUUUACGAACCACAACGGUACUGGUGGAAAAUCCAUCUAUGGCGCUAAAUUUGCUGACGAGAACUUCUCCUUGAAGCACACCGAACCCGGUAUUCUAUCAAUGGCUAACGCAGGACCCAACACCAACGGUUCGCAGUUCUUUAUUUGUACUGUGAAGACAGCUUGGUUGGACAACAAGCAUGUGGUUUUCGGCAAGGUUGUCGAAGGCAUGGAUGUAGUUAAAGCUAUUGAAGGUUUGGGAUCACAGUCCGGCAAGACAAGCAAGAAAAUUGUAGUCGCUGAGAGUGGAGCGCUUUAAGCAGCGAUUUAAAUUAACAUCCUAAAAUAUAUAUGAAAGCUUAAAGUAGCUAAGAAUAAUAUAACAUUCAAGCCGCAUUGUCGCAUUUAAAUUUAUCAGUACUUCAACUUUCUAGUAAAGUAUUUGGAAACAUGAAUUUAAUGAUUUUCCUGCAGUGUUUUUUCUAUCAUGAGCGAAUAAAAAAUAAAUUUGGAACUCUAUUAGAAUAAUCACAA